GGAGAAAGAGCAGGAAAUAAAAAAGGAAAGGAAAGGAGCAAGAGACCGAUACGCUGGCUGGGAUAAUCUAGCCAACCUGGCGGACCAGGAGGAAAGUGGCUCGACGAUGCAGGGCAAGGAGAGCCCCGUCGGGUCCAACACCCAGGAGACCCAUCAAUAUGUUGGUCCUUAUCGACUGGAAAAGACCUUGGGAAAAGGGCAGACCGGAUUGGUCAAGCUUGGGGUCCACUGUGUGUUGGGCAAGAAGGUGGCGAUCAAAAUCAUUAAUCGAGAAAAAUUGUCGGAAUCCGUGCUGAUGAAAGUGGAACGAGAGAUCGCUAUUAUGAAACUGAUCGACCAUCCUCAUGUACUUGGCCUCUCGGAUGUAUACGAGAACAAGAAAUAUCUAUAUCUUGUUCUGGAACACGUUUCGGGCGGAGAACUUUUCGACUAUUUAGUGAAAAAGGGUAGACUAACGCCAAAGGAAGCGAGGAGAUUUUUUCGACAAAUUAUCUCUGCGUUAGAUUUUUGUCAUAGUCAUAGUAUAUGUCACAGAGACUUGAAGCCUGAAAAUUUGUUGUUGGACGAGAAGAAUAACAUUAAGAUAGCGGAUUUUGGAAUGGCGUCGCUGCAACCUGCCGGGUCCAUGCUAGAAACUAGCUGUGGUUCUCCUCAUUACGCUUGCCCUGAAGUUAUUCGAGGUGAGAAAUACGAUGGGAGGAAGGCGGACGUCUGGUCGUGUGGAGUGAUACUUUACGCGCUUCUGGUAGGCGCGUUGCCCUUCGACGACGACAAUUUAAGAAAAUUAUUAGAGAAAGUGAAACGAGGCGUGUUUUAUAUACCCCACUUUGUGCCGCCCGAGUGUCAAAAUCUGCUCAAAGGAAUGAUAGAAGUCGACCCGGACAAGAGACUUACGCUGGCGGAGAUAAACAGGCACGUGUGGGUGACAGCGGCAGGCAAGGGAGAGUUAGAACUAGAGCUGUCGAUGAUGGACGUGGUGCAGACGCACGUUAUUCCGUCCGUGGAGGCAAUCGAUCCGGACGUGUUGCAAGCAAUCGCGAGCCUGGGUUGCUUCAAGGAACGGGACAAACUCAUCCAAGAACUUCUCAGCCCGAAUCACAACACAGAAAAGGUAAUAUACUUUCUACUAUUGGAGAGAAAACGGAGAAGACCAGCUUGCGAGGAUGAAUUAGAAGUAAUGAGAGGAGGUAUGAGGGGUUCUGCAGGACAAUUGGAAGCGGAUCCACCGAGGAAACGAGUAGACACCUGUCGUGUGAACGGUAGCACGGCUUUGAAUCUUGGCGAAAUUAGCCAUGGUUCACCUCUAACACCUAGAAGACAGUCGAGUACCAGGCAUCACGCGCGUCGUUCGCCAAGCACCGGAUGUCACACACACGCGUCGCAUUCCCACGCAUCAACGCCAGGCAGCUCACCAUUGCACGGCUCCAAUGCUGUCGCAGGACUGCUCAGUCCUCAUAGAACUCCUCCAACCUCGCAUCUAGGCCAGACAGGAAGCCCUCACAGAUUGUCAACAGUAACAACCGCCGCGGGCAACGGAAACACUACUACGCCGCCAGUCGUCGCUCCUGUCGCUGCUCUACCCAAUGUGGGAAUAGAAAUAAACGAUGUCCAGCAGGUUGCGGUCGGUGUUACACCGCCAGGCUCUCCCCAUACUGGCGCCGGUUCAGGUGCCCAUCACUGGCGAUCAAGGCUUAACACUAUCAAGAACUCUUUCCUUGGUAGUCCUCGAUUUCAUCGGCGCAAAUUGCUCACAAGUGCUGAGGAGGUACAUCUCACUCCGGAUUCUUCUCCAGAACUUACAAAGAAAUCAUGGUUUGGUAGUCUAAUGACCACGGAGAAAGAUGAAACAUUUACCAUUCUCGUAAAAGGAAAAGUGUUAGCAAGCGUCAAAGCCGACUUGAUACAUGCUUUUUUAUCGAUAGCAGAGUUAUCUCACAGUGUAAGCUCACCCAUGUCCUUCAAAGUGGAAUACAAGAGGGGUAGUACAGCGCCGGCCAUGUUUCAAAGACAAGUCCGUUUUCAAGUAGACAUCAGCGCCAUAUCAAAACAGCCAAGUGAACCAUUGUUUGCCAUUACUUUUACUCUUUUAAGCGGAAACAUUCGAAGAUUUCGAAGAGUUUGCGAACACAUUCAGGCACAAGUCUGCUCAAGAAAUGUAGGAAUCAAUUUGGGAGGGCAGAGCCGAGCAGCGCCACCUAGUCCACGAGCAUCACGAAAAUUUACCACGGAGAUGAGCGAAAGUUCCAGCUGUGGAAGCGAUACUAGCGAACGGUUAUUUCUCAGCCCGCAUCCAGCUACCAGACAGGUAGUCUGUUUCAACAAGGUAGUGCAUCAUCUUCCUCCUCCUUCCCCUACAUACCAUUAUCGCGAUAAUUAUUAUAUAAUUAUUAUAUUUGGAAACGUUAUCGUUCUUCAUGGAAACCAGUUACCAAAGAUCGACUCGGACAUCGAGUCGGAUACAUCCGUAUUCGACGUGAAGUCACCGACCCGUGAAAAUGGUCGCAGAAGUUCGACCUCGACGAACAAUAACAAUCCGUUACCGGGUGACACGACCCCUACACCGGGAAGUCCGACGAAAGCGGUGCGCAGCAAUUCGGAGAGUCAAAACACGCCGGAAAAAAAAUGCGUAACUACGAUGAGCGGCAACAACAUAGCGUGAUACUAUCAGAACUUCCGUUUCGAGUUUCGAUCAAGUUUGAAGAACUUGUGGGACAGCGCCCAGAGAUUCUGGUGAAUCCCUCAUCCGAUCAAGAAAUGAUCCGAGGAACUAACCAGCAACGAAUCUUGAAAUGAUGCUUCAACUGAGGAUAAACUUCAAUGAGGCAUUAAGCUAUCGAUCCGAAUAACAAUAAGGAAAACACUUAAUGCGAUGGCACAGAGGUUAGAAAUGAUACCAUUUCAAGAAAGUCUAAUAAAAAUAUCUUGACUUUUUUUUGUCGCGAAUCAACGAACGUCAAAAGCGACCGAGAGAGAAUUUUAAAAGAGAACCAAUGAUAAACGUUCCUAAGAACGAGAAUAUCCAUUUAAAGAAAGAACAAGUCCAGAUCUGAGGAAAUUCAUCGAGGAAGCACAAAAUGCAAUUCAACUGAGAAAAAAGGCGGAAAGAAGUUUGUGCUGCCACGCAAAUUGUUCUGAUUAUUUCAUUGCAGUGAUCGCACAGUGAUGUGUGUAAUGAUCGUUUUGUCGCGGGAAUCAUAGUACAGUUUUUUUAUCUGAAAGUGAAGUGCAAUAGUGACGUUUGUACCGGUAUACUUACGUCGGAUCAUGUAAGAAUGGUUUAUCGGUACGUAUUAUACUUGUUGUACAUCGCUAAUUAGCGAUCUCGUUUUUAUCAUUAAAGAAAAAACCUGAGAAGUUGAAUAGACAUUGAUUAUACACUAUUUUAUAUUAUGCGAAGAAACUUUUAAUAUAUGUUGCUGAU